AUGGCUUCGAAUGUGCCGGCAGCCAUGAAGAGAUCAGACUCGAUAGCUGACAGCAUGCCCGAGGCCUUGAGACAGAGCCGUUACCACAUGAAAAGGUGCUUUGCAAAGUAUCUCGAAAAAGGUAAACGGUUAAUGAAGGUUCACGAUUUGAUGUCCGAAAUGGAGCAAGUCAUAGACGAUAAAGAUGAAAGGACUCGGUUAUUAGAAGGCUUGCUCGGGUACAUUCUGUGCACGACUCAGGAAGCAGCAAUUGUUCCUCCACAUGUAGCCUUUGCUGUAAGACCAUCUCCUGGAUUUUGGGAGUACGUCAAAGUUGGCGCGAAUGAUCUUUCGGUCGAGGGCCUCACGCCAGCCGAGUACUUGAGAUAUAAAGAGAUGACAAUGGAUGAAAAAUGGGCAAAUGAUGAAAAUGCAUUGGAAAUCGAUUUUGGAGCGAUGGACUUCUCUCUGCCUCGGCUCACUUUAUCUUCCUCGAUCGGGAAUGGAGUUGGCUACAUUACCAAGUUUCUUACUUCAAAGAUUAAUAAUAAUAGUCACGCGAGUACGAAUUCUCUUAUCGACUACUUGCUCACACUAAACCAUCAAGGAGAAAAGCUCAUGAUAAACGAGACGCUCAACACAGUUCCGAAGCUUCAAUCUUCGCUAAUAGUAGCCGAAGCUGCCCUGUCGAUACUCCCUAAGGAUACACCUUAUCAGAGCUUCGAAAUGAGGUUUAAGGAGUGGGGAUUUGAGAAAGGAUGGGGUGAUAAUGCGGAAAGAGUUCGAGACACAAUGCACAUGCUUUCGGAAAUAUUGCAGGCUCCCGAUCCUAUCAAUAUCGACAGUUUUUUCGAGAGGCUUCCAGUAAUUUUCAAUGUCGUGCUUUUUUCUGUGCAUGGAUUUUUCGGGCAGUCGAAUGUUCUCGGCUUGCCAGAUACCGGUGGCCAGGUGGUUUACGUGUUGGAUCAAGUGGUCGCGUUCGAAGAAGAAUUGCUUCAAAGGAUUAAGGGGCAAGGACUCAAUUACGUGAAGCCUCAGAUUCUCGUCGUCACUCGACUCAUUCCCGAUGCAAAGGGGACUAAAUGUGACGUUGAGUUAGAGCCGGUUAUGAACACCAAGCACUCACAUAUACUGAGAGUGCCGUUCAGGACAGAAAAUGGAGUUGUUGUUCGGCAGUGGAUCUCACGGUUCGAUAUAUAUCCGUAUCUUGAGAGGUAUACUCAGGAUGCUUGUAGUAAAAUCAUGGAAAUCAUGGAAGGAAAGCCUGACUUGAUUAUCGGUAACUAUACGGAUGGAAACCUCGUGGCUUCGCUUAUGGCUAGUAAACUCGACACGACUUUGGGAACAAUCGCGCAUGCAUUGGAGAAGACAAAGUACGAGGAUUCGGACAUGAAAUGGAAGGAGUUGGACUCAAAGUACCACUUUUCAUGCCAGUUCACGGCUGAUUUAAUCGCGAUGAACACGGCCGAUUUUAUCAUCACUAGCACGUACCAAGAAAUUGCCGGCAGCCGAGAAAGGCCGGGGCAAUAUGAAAGCCACGGCAUAUUCACACUUCCCGGGCUCUACCGAGUCCUGUCGGGAAUAAACGUGUUCGACCCGAAAUUCAACAUAGCUUCACCAGGUGCAGACCAAACGGUAUACUUCCCUUACUCAGACAAGCAAAAACGCUUCACAAACUUCCGUCCUGCAAUCGAACAACUCCUCUUUAGCCGAGUCGAAAACGACGAACACAUUGGAUACCUAGAUGACAAGAAGAAACCCAUCAUUUUCUCGAUGGCUCGGCUCGACACGGUAAAAAACAUAACCGGCCUUGUAGAUUGGUUCGGCAAGAACAAGAGACUUCGAAGCCUCGUCAACCUCGUCAUAGUCGGAGGCUUCUUCGACCCCAUGAAAUCCAACGACCGAGAAGAAGCUUCCGAGAUCAAGAAAAUGCACGCCUUAAUCGAGAGCCACAAACUCAAGGGACAAACGAGAUGGAUAUCGGCCCAAACCGACAAAAAGAGGAACGGCGAGCUUUACCGCACCAUAGCUGACACAAAGGGAGCCUUCGUUCAGCCGGCACUUUACGAAGCGUUCGGUUUAACGGUUAUCGAGGCAAUGAACUGUGGCCUCCCAACUUUCGCGACCAAUCAAGGUGGGCCCGCAGAAAUAAUUGUCGAUGGGGUUUCAGGAUUUCAUAUAGACCCGAACAAUGGGGAUGAGUCGAGUGAAAAGAUUGCCGAUUUUUUUCAAAAGUGUAAAGAAGAUCAAGAUUACUGGGGCAGAGUAUCGAUGCAGGGGAUUCAACGUAUACAAGAAUGCUAUACGUGGAAGAUAUACGCGAACAAAGUACUGAAAAUGGGUUGCAUAUAUAGCUUCUGGAGAAGAUUGUACAAUGCAGAGAGGCAGGCUAAGGGAAGAUAUAUUCAGACAUUUUACAGUCUUCAGUUCAAGAGCUUGGUGAAGGAUAUGCCAGUUAAGAUAGAAGAAAUUCAUCCCAAACAGGAAACAAAGGAGAAACUUAAGCCACAAGUCACAAAAAGGCGCUCGUCGUCAACAUUGCAGAGGUUGUUUGGAGCUUGA